AUACAACUCAUUGAGGUGGUGCUGGGGCAGCGGGGCGGUUUGGAAAAAGACGUACGUUGCCCGUGGGGCGGGCUCUCUCUCUUUCUCCCCCAGGUUGUCUGUUACUACAUACCUUGUAGUACGCGUGUAUAAACGCCCCCCUUACUUGGCUGAAGGAAGGAGACGUUCGAGACCUUCUGCUUGGUGGGAACAGACGUGGGUCGAUGUCGCAAGCACGCACGCAAGCACUUGUUGGAUGUUUACGGGCCCAAGGGUAAGGGGCCAGGCAGGAGGUGUACUUGCUACGCGCGUAUAGCUUGGCGGGAGUGGGCAGGUAUCAUCAUCCCUCGAUGGCCAGCGCUCGGGUGUGAGGCGCAAGAGGAUUGGGCAUUGCGCGUAGCACGGCGUGGACCAGGGCGGUUUCAUGGGAGGAGCAGGCACGGUUCCAAAUUGGCCCAGACCUUUUGGCCGUGGUGGAGUUUCUGUGGACGUCGGUGGGGGGUCCAUGGACUGGUCCACGGCUGCCCUGUGUGACAGGCAAGCAGGCACGGCGCACCCGCCGAGCCGAGCCGAGUUGAGCUUUCACAGCAUUUUAACUUUGGGCACGCGGGCAACGCACGGAGAUCCCACCCACAUCUGCAAGUCAGUCAGCCUUACAGAUCCGGCCGGGCAUGCGGAUUUACACCUCGAAAAACCCAACUGCGUUUCGAUAUUUGGCGUCGCCUUUCCCCAGGCGGCGAGAAUCUUAACUGCGAACCGUGCCGCCGAAACCCCUUCAAUAUCUCGAACACCGCUGGGGGACAACCUGGACCGAGACGGGUCAACGGUUGGCACCAUCAUAUGUCUAUUUGUCUGGUCCGUCCGUCCACGGACCAAAUGCCGAAGCCGAAGCACCAGCAGGAACAAAAGAGCUUGCAGAUGCGACAAUGUUCUAGAAGAGAAAGAGAAAGAGAGAGAAAAAAAAAGUCGUCCCCACCGCGCGCGGACACGGCGGCACAUGGCGGGGCCAAAAUGUUUGUCCGCCUAGACGCGGCUGUCACGGCCGGCGGCGGGGGUGGGCGGUGAUGAUGAUGGUUUGGUGGUGGGCCCCUUGGACUUGUCCCAACUCCGCAAGAGGGCCGGCAUCGUCGGCGCUCUCCGGGGUUUCAGCUGUGUGUGUGUAUGUGUGUGUGGUUCUUCAGGUGCAAGGGGUCAAAAGUGAAGGCGCAUCGUGAUGUGUCGAUCGCGCGCCGAAUAGGUAGGUAGUGAGUGGGCUUUGUGGUCUCUCUAUCGGGACUUGAUAGUCAACCGCAUUAGUCUAUUACAACUACUACCGGGCUAUCGAAUGAUAAUGAUUACCACUCCUUCUUCCCUUGGGGGGAAGCUAUUACUGUUCUCUUAUUUUUUCUCUCACGCGUACGAGCUGUCGAACCCCUCAAUGCCCUUGAUCCCUUGGACACCGAUGUAGCGGGGUGCUCCAAAGUCUUUUUACCUAACAAGGAUCGUGAAGAGUCACAUCAAAAAGAGAAAACCCACGCCGCCCACGUGAAGACCAGAAAAACUUCUUGUGGUCCCCCCCACCCCUUGUCUUCCAGGGAGGGCGUGUGUUCUCUUUUGGGGUUGAAAAAAUGAAUGACCGGCAUGGAUAUCCACCGAGGGGUUGGUCUCGACGUGUGCGCGCGCGCGGAAAAGUGUGGAUUUUUUUUUUCUCUUGUGAGGAGAAAAAGUUGCUCCAUCUUGAGCCUCAUGGGGACUCCACUACAUGUGGUGGUGCCUGGCACUAGACGGAUUCCUCUCUCUCUCUCUCUCCUUCUACGCAGUACACGCAGCAAGGAGGAUCCACACGGACGGGACUAGAGCGGGAAAGGCCCGGGAUUCGGGACGGGGCACGGGCUUGUUGUAUGUAAAUAUGCAAGGGAGCCCGACGGAAUGCGUUGCGGGCUGCUGUCAACAAAGCGGAUCUGAUCGAUGGGGCUUGCCAAAAGGAUAUUGACGAUGCUUGCCCCGUGCAAAAUCACUAAUUAAGCCCACGAUCAAAGGGGUGGAGGAGGAGGAAAGUCGCCGGAGCUAAACAGGGGUAGGUCGGAAACAGUGGGGCUACUCGCACUCCGUCUCUGGAAGGUUCUCGGAGGGAUUGAAGUGGUUGUGUGUAAUUGAUGAGAUGGACCCGGCCGGCGACUUUUGUAGGGGACUUGUGAUGGCUUACGAGAGAACCAGAUCCUAAUCGGGGCAGUCUCGAUAAUCCGUGUCAAGAAAUGAUUGUGCGUCUCAAAGGGUAUGAAGGAUUCUUGCCGUG